CAGAUGGGAGCCCGUGGACGGUGGCUGUGGGAUACAGACAGAGCAAGAUGCGCAGCAGGAUGGUGUCAGGGCUCCUGUCCCGGGUGGCUGUGGUCCACCUGCUGCUGCUGCUGCUGCUGCAGGACACACAGUCAGUCUACAUUCAGCACCAAGGCUUCCAGGUCCAGCUGGAAUCAGUGAAGAGGCUGAGUGACCUGCAGGGGACGUGGGUGCCCAGCCCCCGCCUCCAGACCCAGAACCUCGUGCCCCCCGAGUGUCACCACCCGGCCCUGCCAACGGACCUCCAGCCCAUCUGCACGACCAGGGAAGCUGCCAGCAUCUUCCAGGCCUUGAAGGCCAUCGCCAGCGACGACUGUGAGCUGUGCGUGAACGUUGCCUGCACCGGCUGCCUCUGAGGGGGCCGCUGCCCCGAGCCGAGCACCCCGCGCCCCCGGGGCUCCCGGGGUCAUCGUCACCCAGCCGAGGCCCGAGCGGCCGGAUGCGGAGCCGUGGGACACGUGGCUGGAGGGGCGUCUGGCCCCUGAGGAGGCCCUGCUGCCCAAUAAAGAUCCCCCACCUACCUAC